AUGGCGGGGACCGGGCGACCGGGGUGCGGGUGGUCACCGUGGUUUCCCCCACAACGGUAUAAUCUCUUGCCAUCAUCAGCCAUCAAAGCCCAACAUCCAACCUACAGCCUCAAGGAGACCCCCCAAGGAACCCAUCAACGAUUAUCUGGAGUCAGCGAAGUGAAUUACUCGGUCAUCUCGCAAACUCAGCGACUGGAAAGGACUUCGUUUUUGCAGCAUGGGGGGAUCGUUGGCUCGAAGACACUUGCAGAAGCCGACAUUACAUUCUCUAAUUCAGAUCAGUGCAGCAAACAUCUGAAGAACUAUGGAUACAACUCUGCAAACACUUGUGAGCUGCCGCCCUCGUACAUCCGUUGGGUCCAACCCGCCGAAGAUGAGCUCGAAAGGGGAUGUGAAUAUGAUAUGGAUGAGCAGGGUUCGAAUCCUACAAAAUGGCUCCAAGCCCUCAACAUGGAGCGUAAACGACUCAGUCAAGAACCCGUGACUUGUGAAUUGUUUGAGAUCAUCAUGGAUAGACUUGAGAAAGAAUGGUUUCAAUUAAAUCAGCGGGUGCAAAAGCCCGAUGCCAAUAUGAUUACUGUUGAAGACAGCCGUUGCGCAAUUUGCGAGGAUGGGGACACCGAAAACAGCAACGCGAUUGUGUUCUGUGACGGUUGUAAUUUGGCUGUCCACCAAGACUGUUAUGGGGUACCGUAUAUUCCAGAGGGUCAAUGGCUUUGUCGGAAAUGUACCGUCUCACCCGAUCGUCCAGUGACAUGCGAGCUAUGUCCGAACUCUUUCGGCGCGUUCAAACAAACUUCCGAAAACAAGUGGGCUCAUCUAGUCUGCGCGAUCCACAUUCCGGAAACUGGUGUCGGCAAUGCUAUGUAUAUGGAACCAGUUGAUGGUGUUAGAUGUAUUCCUAAACAGCGGUGGAAGUUGAAAUGUUACAUCUGCAAGAAAACUGUCGGGGCCUGUAUUCAAUGCGCCAAUCGAAGCUGUUGUGUUGCAUAUCACGCCACUUGUGCCCAAGAGGUCGGUCUCUACGUGAAAAUGAAACCCGCUGGUUCUCUGUAUCCCACAACCGGCGCACGUGGGACGGACGAAGGCCCCGAUAGUUGUGCAGCUGAUCACGUUGGUGCCGAUGGUAUCAGGCUAAGUCAGAGUUUUUGCGAUAAACACACACCCAAAGGGCACAUUGAAGCCCUUCAAGCUGCCGCAGUGGCUAGACUGUCCAACAAUCCCGCGACCACAACCGACUCAAGCGACGCGAAGAAGACUUUUGACCCGCAGGGAUCCGAUUCUCAUCUCGCAAUUUCUUCGAAAAAGAUCAAUUCUCUGGAUGAUCUGAGAGCCCUAAAACUUUUAGCUACUGGUUCACAAACUUCCAAGUCCGCACGGGCCUAUCACAAGUCUUACUCUAGUGGGCCGCCAUUAGUACCCGAGGUGAUAUUCCAGCGUGUGAUGCAAUACUCAAGCAAACUAAGAUGCGCUCAUAGAAAGACAAUCCUGAACAUGAUUUGCAAAUACUGGAGCUUGAAGCGUGAAGUACGCAGAGGUGCACCGUUGUUAAAAAGGCUUCAUCUGGAGCCUUGGACCGCUGCUGGAGGUAUCAGUUCUAAAAAUGAAGAAGAUCGUCGAAGAAAAUACGGUUUACUUGUUGCGGUGAGGCAUGACCUCCAGCAAGUUAAAAACUUGGCAGCUAUGAUAUGUAAACGUGAAAAAAUUAAGCUACGCAAGGCCGAGAUACAAAAGGAAGUGAUUGAAAAAACGUUGUUCCCGGUUUAUCAACGGAUCUCCUUGGCUUUAACUGCGCUGAUAGAGGCAGACAAACAGAAAUAUUUUUUGCAUCCAGUUUCGGCCACUGAGGUACCCGACUAUUACGACAUCAUCAAGCAUCCGAUGAAUUGGUCCACCAUCCAGAGAAAAAUAGACAGAUUUGAAUACUUUCGGUUAUCUGAAUUCAUUUCAGACGUUCAUUUAACGCUUACUAAUGCGCGCAUUUAUAAUCAUGCUUCGAGUAUAUAUCACAAGACUGCCAUUCGUAUUGGGAAAGCGAUCGAGCCUCUGCUUCAGGAAUUACUUGCUUCUGAGCCUUUUUCCCCCAUUGCUGGACUGGCAUCCGAAUCAUUUCCAACCUGUCGACAGAAAGAACAUUUUGCAGAAAUUCCAUUGGUUUUACUUCCGGAUCAAAUCAGUGAUUUGCUCGAUGUACAUGAUUUGCCAGGUUCUACGACCCGACCAUAUGAUGAGGUGCUCCGAGAUCGACGUGCGAAGAGAUCAACCCAAAAUCAAACGAACAGUUUGCUGAAUCUGCUUCCUGCCGCAAUGCACUCCCAAAAUCAACGGAGUUCCUCGACUGAACCACCCUCCGCUAGAUUGGUACCACCAUCUCAAUCACUUUCUGAAGGACUGAAUUCGAACCCAGAUGUCCCAAGCAUCACCAACAAUCCAUGUGAUAUACCAACUUCCAACAAUUUGCAAAAUCGCCGCGUUGAAGAAAGGCUUCGCAAGAUAGCGGGUAGUUCUGUCGGCAAUGUGCGACAGCCGUCGUCAAGUAUCAUAGCAUCACUUCCAAAAGCAUCCUCUGUUGGGAUCUCCAAUCCCGCCACGCCAUCGGCAGACAAAGAAUUAAAAAUAGAAAGUAGCGAGACCAGAAAUACACAGAAAAAGAAACGCAGGCGGACAGCCACCGACUCAUCAGAUCCCACGACUAAUAGACCACUCAAGAGAGCUGCUCCACGCAUAAAGCCUCAAUCGCAGCUAGAUGAAGAAGCUUUGAUUGAGAAGCAAAAUCCCAACGCUACAAGAGGUCAGCUGAUAUCACUCAAGCUUCGUGCAUUACAUGCAAAGCGUAUUGAAGACAGAGAGCGUAACAUGUCGGACGAUGAAAAGGCUCGAAGACGCCGACUGAGAGAGUACAUUCGGGAAAAACGUCAGCAACACCGGCUCUCUUCACGGUCACAAACAACACCUGCCAACCAGUCGUCAUCCGAUCCGAGUCAUGCCUCCACAACACCUAACGAAACUGAGACCAGCUUAUCCCGGGAUGUCAGCUAUACUGCGUCGAACGAGAGUCAAUCAAAUACCAACAACCUUAAUGAGCAAGCGCCUCCAGCGCCCCCUGAGCUUUGGAAGGUGACAGAAGAUGAAAAAGCAUCCAGUCAAGCUGAGCUGCCCAAAGAGUCUACAAACCGCGCCUCAAGCAACCUCGAUUUCGAAGGCACAGCAUCUGCAUCUUCACCCACCGGCAGCGGUACCGCAAUUGCAGACUCCAACAGCCGGACGAGUAUGCAGAAACACGAGGAUAUGUCGGCCGGAAUUGAUGAGAAAUCUGAGGACAUUCACAGCUUGGUUACUCCAAUCGAUCCGAUCAAGUUGGCACUGUGUCACCAAGUCGAUGGUGUUCCACAAAUCAGCCAUGCUAGCGAGGAAGCGACCACACUACCUACAUCAGAAACUCGAACAACACCAGCGAUUUUACGCACAGAUGCAGAAGAAGCGUCUGUAGUUUCGUCUGCCCAUCCUAAGAUCACGCAGCAAGCAACGACUGUCCCGGUUUCUCUUCCUCAGUCUUACCAGUCGGUUAACGUGUCUCAAGGUGCUGCAUAUCUGGAAUCGUCUGUUAUGGCCAAUGAUGUGUCAGAACGCCCAUAUACCCCCGAAGAUUGUGAAAUGAUAUGUGACGGGAUUGUACCUACCAUCGCAUCAGAGCACUUCGCCCCAUCCGAGUCGCAGGCACCAACCUCAGAUUCAGCGAACCAGCCCGGCGGCCAUUCUAAUCACUCUCAGGGUUCACCAGCCCAGAAUUCUGACACCGAUGUGCAGCAAGCUGAAGUUCGCUCCGGAACUAGCCUACCUCACCUUCCGGAACAUGAAAUUGCCAUCGAGGAACAAAUGAUUCAAGCGGGUGCGAUGGUCCCAGAUGAAGACAUGUCUUUGGUCAUUUCUUUACCCAAUGGUCAAGCUGAGCUGGUCAGUCUACCCUCCCUCAAUUCUCACGAGGAUAUCAAUGACGAGACGACGGAGGGAGAUCGGCCAUUAGCCCUGGAUACCACUCUAUCUCCUAACGUUGCCCCAGUCGAAGACACACAUUCAACAACAGUGCCAGUGGGAACACCAACUACGUUGAACGUACCUGAAGUUGCUGUACCUUCGGCUUCUAUUCAAGUUCGAUUUGAUGGUCCGCCAAUUCAGAUCGCCCCAGAUGUAUCAACUGAUGUCAGCCUUCAACCAGACUUCAGCCUAGUCAAUCACAUGAGUUCUCCAAGGCGCCCCUCUACUCGAUCUUCGAAAAAGUUAUCGCUGGCGCAAAAUGAACCAACAGUGGGACCCGUCAGGCAGCAACCUGACCUCGACCCUCCAAUCGCUCAGCAAACUCUUGUUAAUUCAGACUUGACGGCAAACAACGCCCCUGUGCAAUCUAGACAGAAGUUGAAAAUCCGGAUCAAAAAAAUGGAUUCAUCAACCUCAACAAGAAAGGGCCAGUCUGGCGAAACUUUGCUCACAGAGCCCAUUCCGAUCUCGGGUAGUCCGAAGUUACGUUUGAUCCUAGACCGUCCUCCUUACAAUUGGAAAGCAGGAAGCUCAAGCACCCAAGACACAACUGUUGGCCAGGAGGAUGUCGCUAGAAAUGGGAAAGAAGCAACUAAAGCCAAAACUCCCAAGAGUGCCGGCUCUGCUGGCCCACCAGAAUUCCUCACUAGUUUGCCCGGAGAAAAGGAUUCUUUCAGGCUUUUCAACACAGGCUUUAUCUUGCCAGACAGGACACGGCGUCAUACCCCGGGUCCUUUGGCUAACGACAGUCACCCGCAAUCUCCCGAGCGGCGUGAAUCAGGAUCACCUGAAAUGACGCUUCGCACAACUCGUGUCUCGGCUCGACUGAAACCUGUGCGACUUACCCUGCACCACCAUCCCCCUAUUGAUCAAGACACAUCUGCGGAGGCCAGCACUUCCAAUUGCAAUCCCACGGGCUUCUCGACCAACAACCAAGACCGCACUUUUCGGGCACCCGCCUCCUCGGCAGGCGAUGAGAGUGGAAGCAGUGAGCUUUCAAAGUCGCCUUCGCCUUCCCUCGACCACACCAACUCACCUGAAGGAAAUCUGAACAACUCGGUCGAAGCGCAGAUAUCUUUAGAGGCUGCGCAAGAAGAGUGUCAAGUAGAAAUGGACGAUAAGGAUGCUCUUGAGGCUCCUUGCAAUGGGCAAAAGGCAAGCAAAACCUCCAAAGCGGCAAAAAAAGUGAAACCAACAAGAGCUCAACAAGAGAAAGAACUUGAAAUGGAUUCCCGCGGUUUUCUCAUAUACCCCAAAGCUCCCCAGAAUGGUGCCAAGCGCAUCCACCCCCUAGCUCGUGAUGCUUUUACAAGAAUGAGUCAGGCCACUCGCUUGCCUGAAGAAGGGUCGAUUGAAGACGGCACAUUAGUCUGGGCGAAGGUACCUGGGCAUCCUUGGUUCCCUGCUGAAGUGGGGCUUCCUGAGGACCCGGCGGUCCCGCAAUCAAUGCUUGACAAAAAGCCACCCAGUGAGAAGAUGGAUCAUCAUGUGCUGGUGAUGUUCUUUGACCGCCAGCGCAGUUGGCAAUGGGUCCAGCGUCGCAACACGCGUCUUUUAGGCGAAUCAGACGAGCUUGACGCUUUACUUUCCUCGGAAGCUUUUGUCUCCAAUAAAACGAUAUUGGAGGAAAUACAAAAUGGAUGCGCAUUCGCUCGCUCAAACAUUGAGCAGACUGACGAUGCGAAAGUUCAGGAGGCAGAGGUCCCCGACACAAAUCAGCAACAUCACAGUACCAGUUCCAAAGACCACGAUUUCAGAGCCAGUCGUAAAGAAGACAAGGCCAACGAUGCAAAUUAUCAGGAUGUGACCUUUGACAAAGCGCUCAAUAGAAUCGAGGAUAUGCCUGUCGGCCUUAAGCGAACCCGAAGCUGUCGAUUUCGUCCUUUAAAUCCUCCCCUCUCGUAAUGUGUCGUUCUUCUGAGCAAUUUCGCCGUUACUAAAUUCCGAAAAGACCUGAGAUUGUACCACCACCAUCACAACUGUUUGAAAAACCUCACAGCGGGUCUUUGUUUAUCUUGUAGCCAGGUAUCGGGGGUUUAUUUUUUCUUAUCUUAUAACUCUUAUGUUUCGUUUUUUUUUUUUUGAAUAGUUAUGUAAAGAAACACCCAGGAACAAUUUUAAUCCAUAUGGAGACAAGGUUUGUAAUUAGGUCCAAACAUUUUCAGUUUCCUAUCUAAUGCCUUCCUCCUGAUACCCUAUCCUUUCGAAUCCAUUCGAGUAUUUGAUAACCUUGAUGGUGAUGAGUGUCUAAAACUCUACCCUCCUCUAACCUGUAAUAGUUUGUGAUUUACAUCGUGUGUAAUUACUGUUGAAUUUGACCUAACUUAUUCGGGCUGUUUGGUUUGUUAUCAUGUUCAUCUCCAUUGCCUCUUGCUCAAUUAUACAUGUAAUGCACUUUGUCUAAUGCUCGGAAAUAUGUGUUGUAUAAAUGUGAGUUUUUGAGAAGUAACUUGCAGUCAACUGAUAAGUAGUGACCUC